AAAUUCUCCAGCGCUGUCGACGAAUCAUCCAGUUUGUUUGGAACUUGGCGAUGAUGACUAGCUACUGUAGCUAGUUAGCUUAGCCACCCAAUGUUUUCACAAUGCGGAUCUAGCUGGAAUAACAGCUGCUUUUGAACAUUCUACGGUGAUUCACAGAUCACCUGAGUAGUAUUUACAUCUAGAAGGAAACACUGGGCCGCUUAUAGUACACUGUACCAUAACUGACGCUUAAUUGCGAUUAUGGAGGAGAAGAAGGAGGAAGGCGAAGCGGAGAUCCAGGAGCACGGUCCCGAACAUUGGUUCUCCAAAUGGGAGCGGCAGUGCUUGGCUGAGGCGGAACAAGAAGAGCCAAGCGAAGAGGAGACGGAGCCAAGCCAGCAGAAACUAUGGCAUUUAUUUCAAAAUUCCGCAACGGCAGUCGCACAGCUAUACAAAGACAGAGUAUGUCAACAGCAGGGUCUGUCUCUAUGGGUCCCCUUCCAGAAUGCAGCUACUGCUGUCACCAACCUCUACAAAGAGUCGAUGGAGUCCCACCAGCGGAGUUAUGAGCUGGGGGUACAGAGGGCGUACCAGCGACGCAACAAGGAGGUGCUGAACUGGGUGAAGAAGCGGAGGAGAAACAUCCGGAGGGAGGACCUCAUCAGCUUCCUGUGCGGCAAGGCUCCGCCCCCCCGGAACCCCCGUCGUGACACGCAGACUCCCAAACACGGCCACGCCCUCACCGUGAUGUCUCCCAGCAGAUCCCCGCCCAAUGAGAGUGGGUCAUCCGUGGAGGCGGACCUGCAGCCCUUCAGAGAGGCUAUCGCACUGCACGGCCUGAGUGGGGCGAUGGCCAGUAUUUCUGUCCGCUCCGGUGCUCCCGGCUCGCCAACACACCUGACGCGCGACGGGGCCGUCGCCCAGCAACCCGGUCGGAACCGCCGGAACGGUCUCCACGACGUUGACCUGAACACGUUUAUUGCAGAGGAGAUGGCGCUCCACCUAGAGAACGCAGCAGCCAAUAGGAAGAGGGCUUCUGCCCAGUGUAGUGAUGUCAUCACAGACUCGCCCACUCAUAAACGCAACCGGAUGCUCUGAGUCAUCUGGAUAACACACACACACACACACACACACACACACACUAGAUAUUUUUUUCUUCGCAGUCGCCACCGCAGAGCUGAUUGGAUGACUGACGUGCCGGCUGGCCUAUUGAAUGAUCAAACCCCAACCUGGCUCUUCCCUUCUUGGUGUUUCUUCAAAAUAAAGAAAAAGGAAAAUGAAAAAAAGCCACUUAUCCCUCGUUCUCCUCCCCCCUCCCCUUCUCUGUCCCUCCUUCUUUCCUCCUGUGGAGAAGAGCUCCUUCCCUCCACUGAGUGUUGCUCCCCUGCAAUCUCUUCACAGCAGGAAGUCCUGUCCCAAUGGGUAGGGUGGUAGCAGGGGGUCUGGGACUGAGCCCCCCCUCCCUCUGGGCUGUUAUAGGACGGUGACAUCAGAGGGAGGACAUGUUUUCUUCGGGUCCUGGGGCGCUACGACCCUUCCUGUUUAGUAGCCCCUCUCAAGCGCCUGUGUCUUUGGCUCUGUCUCCCUCACAAUGCUUGUGCGUGCGUGUGUGUGUGUGUGUGUGUGUGUGUGUGUGUGCGCGUGUGUGUGUGAGAGACAGCACAACUGCCAUAUAGUGUGUCCAUGCGUGUGUAUGUGAGAGUGAGGAAGGUGCACACUGGUAUGUGUCUCUGGUUUCGUGUGUGCAUCUUGUCUUUGCCUUUGAUGAAGCUGCUAUCUCUGGCACAGCGGGUUGCUGGGGUGUGUCUGCGUGUGUUUUCAGCACAGUCCUGAUGGGUUACAUUUAUGUUAGUGUUGUUUCUGAAGCUUCACCUCCAUGUAUAUAGGUAACUCUAACCGCUUGGUGCUGCAGGCACCUGGUUCAUAUUGUAAAAAGAUGUUAAAUCGCAUUCAACUGUUCAUGUAAAAUAAUGAUUCUGGCAUUAAACAAACCAAGCUUUUAAAUAUGA